CCCACAACAUAACCGGCCUUUGCUGCCCAGCAGUGCAUCCAGGUGCCAUAGCCUCUGUCGGUAUUUGGCGUACCUGCGCUGAGCCGUUGACGUAAUGUAGCCUGAAUCUUGAUCCACGAGACGAUCUUGAUGAUCUCGAGCUUAUUUCAUGUGUUGGCUAUAGUGUGCAGUUAGCAUGGGGAUCCGGCUAGGAGGUCUGCUAUGCAGGCCCAUAUGCAGAAGGCUGCAAUGAACUGUGUGCUGUGAUAACCCCGGUCACCACUGUUGUAGCUGGGGAUGACUUAUCGCACCGUGGCCCUCCAGUUGCUGUGAACAAUGUGCGAUGCUCAUCAAUGAGCUGCAGAUGACACACGGCUAGACAACGCAACAGGGAACUUAAGCAUGGGCAAGGAGUGGGGAAUACAUGGUUUCCUUGUUCUGUCAUUAUGUUUUCUUGUCAGCGAUGGCCAAAACAUUGUGUGUACACAGGAGACCAUGGCUGACAUUGUAUUCCUGGUGGAUGGCUCUGCCAGUAUCGGGCUGGAAAACUUCCAACAAAUCCGUGAAUUUGUUUCCUUGCUUAUAGGGAACUUAGAAGUUGCCGCUGACAGGAUCAGGAUUGGUCUGGUCCAGUACAGUGACACACCGCAUACUGAAUUUUCACUCAACACUUACCAGAACAAAGAGGACAUUCUCAGGUACAUCCAAAAUCUACGUUAUAAAACUGGUGGGACAUUUACCGGCCAGGGUUUGGAGUUCAUGCUGAAACAACACUUUGUUGAAACAGCCGGAAGUCGAGCACAGCAGAGUGUUCCUCAGAUUGCCAUUAUCAUCACAGGUGGUGAAUCUCAAGAUGAGGUUGGGUCACAGGCUCAGGAGCUGAGGCAAAGGGGAAUCAAAAUAUUCACCAUAGGGAUCAAAGAUGCAAAAGAGACUUUACUGAGACAAAUUGCGAGCGAGCCGUACGAUCAGCAUAUCUACAGCGUAUCAGACUUUGCAGCUCUGCAGGGAAUCUCUCAGAGUGUAAUCCGGAAGGUGUGUACCACUGUAGAAGAAACACUCAAAGAAAUCAUCCAGAUGUCAAGAGGCUGCAACGAAACUGCUCAGGCAGACAUUGUGCUCCUUGUGGACUCUUCUGGUAGCAUUGGAGCGAGUGAUUUUGAAGAAGUGAGGAAGUUCCUCCAUGCUUUUGUGGACAGUUUUAAUCUUAAACCCGAUAAGGUGAGAGUGGGACUUGCCCAGUUCAGUGAUAGACCGUACCAAGAGUUCCUGAUUGGUGACUAUUUAGAUAAGACAGACCUGCACCAAAAGUUGAAUGGUCUCAUCUACCGUAGAGGAGGCACCAACACUGGUCAGGCCCUGACUUUUAUCCGUGAGAAUUACUUUAGCCUGGCCAGAAAGAGUGUUCCUGGCAUUGCCAUAGUCAUCACAGAUGGAGAAUCAAAUGAUGAUAUGGAGGAACCUUCCCGGAGACUACGAAACCUGGGAGUUUUCAUCUUUGUCAUCCGACUGGGAAUGGGCAACAUGGAAAAACUGCGUGCCAUUGCUAAUAUCCCACAAGAAGAGUUCUUAUUCAGUAUCGACAGUUAUCAAGAAUUGCAAGGUCUAAAAGAGAGUCUACGCAACAAAGUGUGCUUUACUGUGUUGCUUCAGUCAGAAGCGUUUGUACCAAAAUUUGCUGAUCUCUUCAUAUUGGUUGAUAGUUCAGCAUCUAGACAAGAGCAGCAAACAAUAAAGAGUUUUCUCUCAAGACUGGUCACACAGCUCAACAUGGGAAAGGAUUUUAAUCGUGUCGGCCUGGCUCAGUUCAGUGAAAAUGUCAAAGAGGAGUUCCUGCUAAAUACUGAUAAGACCAAGAAUGAGAUAGUGUCAUCUAUUCGCAGCCUGACACUGAGGCCUACUGGGGAGCGCAGAAUUGGCAAUGCAAUUGAAUAUGCUCAUAAAAAUUUCUUCACUAGUGCCACCGGAAGCCGUGUCUCUGAAGGGUUUAAGCAGUUUCUGUUAGUCAUUGCAGCUGGAGAGUCCGCUGAUGGUGUUGUCCAAGCAUCCCGCUCAAUCAAAAAAGAUGCAGUGACAGUUUUUGCUGUUGGCGUGAACAGAGCUGAUGCAGAUGAGAUGAAGUACAUCUCUAGUCAACCACACAGCUACAAGUUAGGUAACAUCCCACAAGUGCAACAGAAAAUUAAGUCUGCCAUUGACACAUGGGAAGAUGCUGCAGUUGCAAGGGAGUGCAUAUUUGACGUGGUGGCAGAUAUCGCUUUUAUUGUUGAUCAGUCCAGCAAUAUCAGAUCCAAAAACUUCCAACUUUUACGCUACUUUCUCAAGAACACCAUCAGAGGUCUCAAUGUAGGUGAGGGAAAAAUUCAAAUAGCUGUGGUCCUCUAUAGUGACUUCCCUCGAGCUGAUGUGUACUUUAACACCUUCAAUGAUAAGACUGACAUCCUGCGCUACAUCAGCAGCAUGCCAUAUGGUCGUGGUAAAACAUACACUGGAGCUGCUCUCAAGUUUGCCGAAGAGCAUGUGUUCACCAAAGCAAGAGGCAGCAGGAGAGAUCAUAAUGUUCAGCAGGUUGCUGUUGUCGUCACUGAUGGAAAGUCAACAGAUAAUGUGGCCAGGGCUGCAGCAGCAUUGCGGCGAUCUGGCGUCACUGUAUUUGCGCUUGGUAUCAAAGACACCGAGGAGGAUGACUUGAGAGAGAUUGCAUCCUAUCCACAUAAGAAGUUUGUAUUCAGUGUUGAAGGCUUUGAUAAACUAAAUUCACUUUCAAAUAUUUUAACCAAAACACUUUGUAAUGAAAUCACAGCUUCCAUCAUACCUGCAGCCUUACAGAGCUAUGUGUUACAAGAUUGCAAGAAAACAAUAAAAGCUGACAUUUAUUUUCUUCUGGAUGAAUCAGAAAGUAUUUCCUAUAAAGAAUUUGAUGAUAUGAAGAACUUUAUUGAGAAAUUGCUUGAAGUAUUCGAGGUUGGAAAUAACCAUGUGCGCUUUGGGUUGGUGAAGUUUGCAAGCUUUGCAACCACAGUUUUCCGAUUACAUGACUAUAACACAAAAGCUAAUAUCGUAAAGGCAGUGAAUGCCCUCAAAAUCAAGGGAGGGGGCACCAGGACUGAUCUGGGCUUGAGAGAAAUGGUCCCGCUAUUUGAAGAAGCAGUACAAACACGUGGGGAAAAGGUUCGUAAGCUCCUGAUUGUCAUCACAGAUGGCGAGUCAAGAGGGACAGAAGAGUCAGUAGAAGUCCCUGCUAAACUUCUAAGAACAGAACAGAAUGUCAAUAUUUAUGCUAUUGGUGUGAAAGAUGCAUCUGUGCCAGAGCUUGAAUUAAUAUCUGGCAGCCCACAAAGAAUAUUUUAUGUGAAAAACUAUGAUUUCCUUGAUGAAAUCAAGAAAGAUGUCAUUACAGAAAUAUGUUUCUUUGAAGAUUGUGAAGGUCUUUUUGCAGAUGUUGUCUUCCUGCUUGAUGGAUCAGAAAGUGUUAGUGCUAAGGACUUUGAAGAUAUGAAGGACAUAAUGGAGCUUGUAAUAGAUAAAUUUGCAAUUGGACCGGACAAGGAGCGUGUUGUGGUUGUUCAGUACGGCACAGACCUAAAUGAGGAGGUUUCCUUAAAUAAAAUUGAUGAUAAAGCUGUAUUAUUACAGAAAAUUCGAAAUAUCAAACAGAUGAAUGGAAAAACAUAUACUGGAAAAGCACUUACAGAAGUAUUACAGUCUUUUGACAUUUCUAAAGGAGGACGAUCCAAUGCUUUAAAGUUCUUGAUAGUUCUUACAGAUGGAGAGAGUAGGGAUGAUGUGGCCGAGCCUGCUAAAGUCUUGAGAGACAAUUCCAUCAACAUUAAUGCCAUUGGUAUGAGACAUGCAAACAGAUCUCAGAUUCUUGCCAUUGCUGGAUCCCAUGAUGGAGUGUUCUUUGAAGAUGCCGUUGCAUCCCUAAAAGAAUUAAGCAAUGACGUCCUUCUCAAGAUCUGCAACACAGCAUGCAAGACACCUGAACUGAUAGACAUAAUCUUCCUUGUUGACGCCUCUGGAAGUCCCAAUAAAGAUGGUUUUCAGGAAAUGAUAAACUUAAUGAAAUAUAUGGUAAGCAAAUCUGUGGUUGGAGAAAAACGGGUACGAUUUGGCGCCGUCACCUACUCUAAUAACCCUCUUUCGGAGUUCACACUAAAUAAGUACUACAGUCAAACUGAUAUUCUGAGGGUUAUCUCAAACCUCAAAGCUUCAGGAGGAAGCAGAAACACAGCCCGAGCCCUGAACUAUGCACUCUCCUACUUUGACAUAACACAUGGUGGACGACGAGCAAAGAAUGUUCCCCAAGUGUUAUUCCUGAUAACAGACGGCAAGGUUAAUGACUUAAGUGUUCUGGCAACAUGGCCUGAAUCACUGACAAAUUCAGAGGUCAACUUUUUUGCUAUUGGUACCGAAGAUGCCGAUGAACAACAGCUAAAGGAGAUGGUGGGAAAUAAAGGAAGAGUGCACUAUGCAAACACCUACCAGGAUCUGCGUGGACUGCAAAAACGGAUCACCCAAGAGCUCUGCAAUCUUACCAAACCAAUUUGUGAGAUGGAGGUAUCAGACGUAGUUUUUUUAAUUGAUGGAUCUGAGACUAUUAUGGAUGCAAGUUGGAAUACUCUCAAAAAAACCAUGAUUGGCAUUGUGAAAGAGCUGGAUAUUGCUCGAGACAAAUGGCAAGUGGGUGUUGCCCAGUUCAGCCGUGAAUUCCAGAAGGAAUUUUACCUGAAAGACUACACUAGUUUUGUAGAAGUGGAGAAAGCUAUAAAUGACAUUGUACAACAAAAGCAGGGCACAAAUACUUGGGACGCCCUGAGAAAUAUUAGAUACUAUUUCACAAAAGAGAAUGGUUCCAGAAUAGAUGAAGGAAUUGCUCAGAAUCUCCUGCUGAUCACAGAUGGAUAUGCUAAUGAUGCAAAGGACAUGAAUGCAUUAAGUUAUUUCAAAAACAAGAACAUAUCAAUAACUGUUAUUGGGGUUGGAAAUCUGAUAAAGAAAUCUGAGCUGCUUGAAAUAGCUGGAUCACCUGAUCGGGUCCUUAUUGAGACUUUUGAAGGACUUAAACUGAAUACUACCAUAAGGAAAGUGUUACAUUUACUCUGUAGAGACACAAGACGAGAACCAUCAGACCCACAGGGUUGCGAUAUUGACGUUGCCUUUGGGUUUGAUGUGUCCAGACGAACAAUGACACCUAAGGUGGAACAGUUGGUUGCUGCAGCCAUUCACCGUAUCUCUGUGAUAGGUGAUCUAUGCUGCAUUGAAAAGGAAAAUAUUACAACUAGAUUUGGCUAUAGGCUUGUGUCUGGACGAGAUGGGAGUUUUCUGGAAAAUUUUGGAUUUGAGGAGUACAAAGAGGAUGUGGUCAAGAAAGUGAUGUUAUUGCGACCUACGGUGCCCCUGGCUUUCAACGAGUUUCUGUUAGAUUCCUUCAGAGAAAUGUUUGCCUCCUCCAGUGCUGAGGCAAAGGUUUUGAUAAUCUUCACAGAUGGGCUAGAUGAUGACCUUCAGCGUUUAGUGGCGAGUUCAGAGAGACUUAAGGAAAGUGGAGUCAGUGCACUGUUGAUUGUGUCUUUGGGGGGAAUAAUGGACGUUCACCAGCUGGAAUUUGGCAGGGGUUUCGGCUACAUGCAGCCACUGACCGUCAACAUGCUAAAUUUUGGCAACGAUCUUAUGAAACAGGUUGAAACAGUGGCACUGAGGAAAUGCUGUGAUGUACAUUGUUCAUGCACCGGUGUUCCUGGACCACGAGGACCCCCUAGAAGUGCAGGGCAAAAGGGCCUUACUGGUCAGAACGGUCAUCCUGGAUUUCCAGGAGAUGAAGGUAGUAUGGGAGAGCAAGGAUCACCAGGGCUGAAUGGAACUACGGGACAUAAAGGUUGCCCUGGAAACAGAGGAAUCAAGGGCCAGAGAGGCUACACUGGAAAUAAAGGAGAAGAUGGGGAGGAUGGGAUGGAUGGAGUGUAUGGAGAACAGGGUGAUGCUGGCCUAAAUGGGCUUCCAGGACCCAAAGGAGACCUGGGCAGUGCUGGUGUGAAGGGUUUCAAAGGCAGCCCUGGACCUAAGGGACACAGCGGAGUGAGAGGAGAUCCUGGUGCACCAGGAAUAGACAACACAAUUCUAGGUCCAAAAGGCAAGAGAGGAGAUACUGGCCUCCCGGGUGACCAGGGCCCUACUGGACCCCCAGGCAGACCUGGAGAUAACAGUGAUCUUGGUGCUCCAGGAAGAAAAGGCCGACCAGGAUUGCCGGGUGCAUCUUCAAAUGAAAAAGGAGAUACUGGACAGCAAGGGCCAUCUGGUUACCUGGGACAAGUGGGACAACCAGGCCCAAAAGGGUUUCAGGGAGACAGUGGUCCUCCAGGUGUACCUGGGAUUCAGGGUACCUUUGGCUCACCUGGACCUGAAGGUUCAAAGGGAGGUCGAGGACCCAGAGGGCCAAGGGGUCCACCUGGUGACUCAGGACCCAAGGGAACGCUGGGACCAGAGGGAUUCAAAGGGCCUCCAGGACAAGAUGGAAGAGACGGGUAUGGACCUUCUGGGCCCAAAGGACACAAGGGAAACAUUGGAAACUUUGGCCUUCCUGGUUUGCAGGGUGAGGAUGGUACCAAAGGAUCCAGUGGAAAUAAAGGACAUACAGGUUAUCGAGGAAAACCGGGAAACACUGGUCGUCCGGGUCCUCCAGGUGCUCCGGGAGAGAAUGGGAUGGACGGACACAGGGGUGAAAACGGACCUCCUGGAAUCAGUCCAAUGCCUGACUGUGACCUGGUUGAAUACAUUCGCAAAAACUGUCCUUGCUACUCCGAUAAUGGUAGCCGGUGUCCAGUUUACCCCACAGACCUGAUGAUAGCAUUGGACAUGUCUGCGGGUGUGAGUCCUCAGGUGUUCGAGCGAAUGCAUUCUGCUGCUCUGUCCUUACUGGAAGACAUCUCCUUUGCUGAAACAAAUUGUCCAUGGGGAGCACGAGUGUCUGUGAUCUCCUACAACAGCAAGACCAGGAACCUAAUCCGUUUCACAGACCACCUUAAGAAGAAGACUCUUCUGGAAGCUGUAAAAGCAGUCCCUCUAGAAAGAACCACAAAAACCAGAGACAUCGGACAAGCCAUGAGCUUUGUGGCCCGGAACAUCUUCAAACGUGUCCGAAAGGGCAGGCUUAUGAGGAAAGUGGCCGUGUUCUUCACAAACGGGCCAUCGAGGGAUGAAUCAAGCCUUGCAACAGCCAUGCUGGAGUUCAAGGCUGCAGACAUUGGCCUCGGAGUGAUCGCCUUAAAUCCUGCUGAUGAUGUGAGCCGAGCAAUGCAGGUUGAUGACACAGGAAGCUACAUCAUUGUUGAUGGCAGAGGAGUAAAUCGCAUUAAACGGUGCAUCAUUUGUUUUGAUCGUUGUAACCCAGACCCAGUGUGUGGUGUAAUUCUGCGGCCUCCACCCCUGCAGAUGGAUUUGGACCUGUCUGUGCUGCUGGAUGGGUCUGAUAACCUGAAGACUCAACAGUAUGUAAAUGCGAAGGAGCUUCUGCUGUCUCUGUUGGACCGGAUCGAUGUGAGCAGCGAGCCGAGCAGAGCCGAUGGGAAAACCAGAGUGUCUGUCUACCAGCAGAGCUCUAUUUACGGCUCCUCUUACAUCAACGAGGAGUUCAGCUUCACUAAAUUUAAAGAUCGAAAUAUCAUGAAGAGGCAUAUUACUAAUACAGUGAAGCAAGUGGGUGGGACAUCCCAUCCUGAGUUUGCUUUAGAGUGGCUGAUUACUAACGUUAUCCUUAAAGCAGAAAGGCCACGAAGCAAACGACUGGUCAUGGCUGUUUUUGGUGAAGACUCUGAGGGCAGCAAAGCUCAUCUUGAUUAUUUAUCUGGAUUGUGUAAGUGCCAGAAUGUUGUUUUGUUUAUCCUCAUGGCGGGACAGAGAUUCAACUGGACCCGGAUGGAGGAGCUCACCAGCUCUCGUCUGGAGCAGCACCUGGUAUUCCUGGAUAACAGAGAUUACAGCACACGCUUCGCUUACGCCUUCCUGCAUAUGCUCCACAGAGGAAUCUUACCUUGGUCAUCAGUACAACCUCAUGAUCAUAGUUUUGUGCCAAGGCUUGUAUCUGGACUACAGACCAUAGAGAGAUAUAUUCUGCCCAUUGAAGGGAAUAUCGCAACAGAGGAACCUCUGGAGGAAUAUGAAGAUGUUUAUGAUGAGCAACACACAGAACAAGUCACUGAAACCAGUCAACUUGAUGGCACUGAACGAUUUACGGAAGAGAACAAAGAAGACAAAACCGAGCCCCCGAAGACUAAAGCACGAUGCUUCCUUGAGAAAGAUUCUGGCCAUGUGUGUGGAUCGUAUAUGUCCAGAUGGUACUACAGCCAGCAGACUAAGAAAUGCAUGCGCUUCUGGUACGGUGGUUGUGGCGGAAAUGAAAACCGAUUCUUGACAGAGGACGAGUGCUUUAUGGAAUGUGUGUCUACAGAAUCUGAAAAUCUUCCAGAGGAUGAUUCCAUUUUCAAGGACAUUUGCCAGCUCAAAGUCGAUGCAGGAGCUUGCUCAAACUUUUCAGUGAAAUGGCACUACAACGUCAGCACUGGCCAAUGUGUCCGGUUCUGGUACGGAGGCUGUGACGGGAACAACAACAGAUUCAACACUCAGAGGGACUGUGAGAUUCGCUGUUUCAGGACCAGAAAAGUAUCUCCAAACAUCUAAACUGUGUACCUAAUGAAUUUACAAAGAAUUUAUCAUCCAUUUAGGUACUUUUGGCAGCUUCUGCUUACAUGAUCACAUUCUCAUCACGACUGUCAAACGGCAGAGAUAGAAGCGGUUUUAGCUAAAUGUAAAUGUAUAUUUUGCUAAAUUUGAGUGUAGGAAAGAUUUGAUUACAAGAGCAGAAUUUGUUUAAAGAUGAAGUUUAUAAUGAUGCAUCUUUGGCAGCACCAGAAAGAACUACAAAAAUAAUGGUUCAGUUUCAAUAAUUUCAGCCAUUGCUUUAUUAAAUGAGUAGACCCACCUGAAACUCACGCCAUUGGUUUAGACAAUGUUUUUGACAUCUUAAACGCACAUAUUACAGUUCUGUUUGGUGCCAUUAGUAGUGCAGAAAAACAUUCUUCACCUUUAAAAUAAAAUUUAAUUUUAGAUGUUUGUUUUAAUCACCUUUAUAAAAACUAAUUUUCACUGAAUUCCUUGAGUGAAUUGUCCAAGGUUUUAUUAUUAUUAUUUUUUUUUUAAUGCACAUUGUUAUCAAAACGACUGUUAAGAGGAAU